AUGGACCUAAAACCAACCAUGCUCCGGCCAUGUGGUGACAUGGAAAAAUAUUCCACAUCUCGCCAUUCCCUGGGUCUUUAUAACGGAGUUUCGAUCGCGGGCCGAUAUGCAGUCCCUCCGGGCACUGACAUCAAUAGCCUGAAAGCAAUUCUUCAACAUGCAGUCGCACAGGUCGUUUUGGAACAGCCUAUGAUGCGAAUCGGAAUUGUCGAUGAAGACAAACAAAACCCUAGUUUCGUUCAUGUUCCGAGCAUCAAUAUAGCGGAACACACUCAGUGGUUCGGAGCAUCCUCGCCGGAAGAGGUUGACGCCAACCUUUGCAAACAUUUUUCAUUCCAACAUGGCCAAUCUUGGUCCGACAUUGAACAUCGUCCGCCUUGGAAGAUCGCUGUCCUUCCCAUCCAAGGCAGUCAAAAAACACCAGCCGAAGUUGAGAUUGUAUACUCAUUUCAUCAUGCAAUCAACGAUGGCGUAAGCGGUUCCAUUUUCCACAGCAGACUUCUUGAGACACUCAAAAGUCCUAUAAAACACCUCGCUGGAUUUGAUGGUAAGAAGCUCGAGGUGUCGGAACCGCCGACGCUUCCUCCUCCGCAAAACGAGCUCGUCAACAGCCGUAUUAGCUGGCCAUUCUUCCUGGCGACUCUGUGGGAUGCCUUCGGCCCAUCAUGGUUGAAGAAUAAACCUGCCGUGCUUCCAUGGAAAGCCCGUCCGUACGGUAUCUCAUUGUCGAACAACACCAGCACUUACCUCAUAAGGAUUCCAACGCCAGUCGCGAAGAAACUUUUGGCUGCGGCUCGAGCUCACUCUUUGACCCUUUCACCGCUGCUCCAUGCUCUUAUUGUCGCCUCUCUCUCACGCCGUCUCUCAGCUACUGAGGCACCAGCGUUCGAGCCAUGUACCCCCAUCAGUCUAAGACGAUACGUCCCCGCUGCAGCAGCCUUCGACACAAAGAAGCAGAUGUUGGUCCUUGUGUCUACAGCAGAUCAUCCCGUAUCAAGUUCUCUUGUCACCAAACUGCGCGAUUCAUCAGGGCCAGAUCGGGAGAGUGCAGUCUGGGAAGUUGCGGCAUCUGUCAAGGCCAGCAUGAAUGACAAGCUGGCGUCUCUGCCCAAUGACGAUCAAGGGGCCAUGCUCAAAUAUGUCAGCGACUUCCACGACUUCUUCCGGAAAAAGGAUGGAGGAGAACGCGGAAGUAGUUGGGAGAUCAGCAAUGUAGGAGCGCUCAACGGUGGCAGCGAUGACGACAGCUGGAGAUUGACGCGAGCUAUGUUCAGUCAGUCUGCAUCGAUAUUUGGUCCUGGGUUCAGCGCAAACAUAGCGGGCAUUGCCGGUGGUGAAAUAACCAUCACGCUCUGCUGGAACGUAUCCGUUGUCGAUAACGCCUUGAUGGAAGGAUUGGCUAAAGACCUGGAGGUUUUGAUACCCGAGGUUGCCAAUGGUAGCCCGCUUUCUUUAUAA